CUCUCUCACUACCACCUCACUCACGCCUCACAUACACCACUCAUACACUCCACACUCGCCAUACACUGACCCCAACACCCUCGCCACACGCUGCUCACCCUGCAAGUGUGAGAGUGAGAGUGCUGCAGGAGAGAGAGGGAGUGUGGAGCGUGGCAGCCUUACAUCUGGACGAUCAGCUGUUGGACUUAAGCUGGUCAGCUGCAGGUUGUUUACAUAUACUGCUGGCAGUGUGUGCAUGCACUUGGGGCGCCGAGUGCCUCACACUCUACACUCUUGGGUCUAAGUGUGCUCGUGGAAGCUGGCAGUUGACUGGAAGACAUUUGUCUCAGGUACUAUUCUUUUAAGACGAUGGCGCUGGCUGGAGCGAGAUGGCGGAUGGGAUUAUCCAUUCUUGCCCUCUUCAUUCUCAGUGGGGGCAGUGAUGCCGUUACCAUCAUGAGUAUUGAUUUCGGCUCAGAGUGGAUGAAAGUGGCAGUAGUAGCUCCAGGUGUGCCCAUGGAAAUAGCACUGAACAAGGAAUCAAAGCGAAAGACUCCAGCAUCUAUUUCUUUUCGUAAUGGCGAACGAUCGUUUGAAGAUGCUGCUUUAACAAAUGGCAUUCGCUUCCCACCUACAAAUUUCUUCUAUCUCCUAGACCUCUUGGGCAAGAAAGUGGACAACCCUGUGGUAAAACUUCACCAGGAAAGGUUCCCUUACUACAACAUAGAGGCUGACCCAGAAAGAGGGACGGUUGUUUUCAGAUAUGAUGAGGAGACAACAUACACAGUUGAGGAGCUGGUGGCCCAGCUGUUGGAGUAUGCUCGGGAUUUGGCUGUAGCGCACACUGAUCAGAGAAUCAAGGAUUGUGUCAUCACUGUUCCACCAUUCUUCAACCAGGCAGAACGGAGAGCUAUUUUGACAGCAGCUGAUAUGGCUGGACUCAAGGUUCUGUCUUUAAUGUCUAGUAAUGCUGCUGUGGCUCUCAAUUAUGGCAUGUUCCGGAGAAAGGAGAUCAAUGCCACUGCACAGAACAUUCUCUUCUAUGAUAUGGGGGCAUCCUCUACUACAGCCACCAUUGCCUCGUACCAGACCAUCAAAACAAAGGAGAGGGCAUACUCGGAGACCAACCCUCAGGUCACAAUGUUAGGUCUGGGUUAUGAUCGCUCUCUGGGUGGAUUGGAGAUGCAGCUUCGUUUAAGGGAUUAUCUUGCUGUAAAGUUCAAUGAGGUAAAAAAGACCCCCAAUGAUGUGCUCGAAUCUCCCAGGGCAAUGGCCAAGCUAUUUAAGGAAGCUGGACGUCUGGCUAAAGUGCUGUCGGCCAACUCUGAUCACCUCAGUCAGGUUGAAGGAGUUUUGGAUGAAGAAGACUUCAAACUGAUGGUAAAGAGAGAGGAGUUUGAGGAGCUGUGUUCUGAUGUGUUUGACCGUAUUCGGGCCCCAGUUGAUGCAGCUCUCAUAUCAGCUGGCAUGGACAUCUCUGCUAUUGAUCAGUUUAUCAUUGUUGGAGGAGCUACCCGCAUUCCUCGAGUGCAGUCACUGCUUCAGGAAGUUUGGGGUAAAGAACUGGGGAAAAAUAUAAAUGCAGAUGAGGCUGCGGCUAUGGGUGCUGUGUACCGUGCGGCAGACCUCGGGCAGGGCUUCAAGGUUAAAAAGUUCCAUGUUAAGGAAGCCAUCGUUUUUCCUAUAGAGGUUGACUUUGAAAGACAAAUUGAGAAUGACGACGGUUCAACCUCGAUGAAAGUAGUGAAGCGUUCCCUAUUUGCCCUCGGGAACAACUACCCGCAGAAGAAGGUGAUGACAUUUAACAAGCAUAUAUCUGACUUCAAUUUCAGUGUAAAUUAUGCAGAGAAUGAACAUCUUUCAAAGUCUGAAGUUGUGGCAGCGAAUGUGGAAAAUAUAUCGCAUGUUGUGGCAUCUGGAGUGACUGCAGCUUUUGCCAAACACCAGAAAGAAGGCAGUGAACCAAAGGGAAUAAAGGCGCACUUCAAUAUGGAUGACUCGGGGGUGCUGACCCUGGCUGCAAUGGAGGCAGUGUUUGAGAAGAGCAUUCUGGUGGAAGAGGAGAAGCCUGAGGAGGAGGAGUCGACAUUAUCCAAGCUUGGUAGCACCAUUAGUAAACUCUUCUCAGGAUCUGAAGGUGAGAAAGUAGAUGAUGGAAAAGAUAAUAAGACGGAGGAAAGUGACGAGGAAAAGGAAGGAGAGAAAGAUGGGAAGAAAGAUAAAGAUGAAAAGGCAGAGAAAAAAGAAAGUAAAAAGAAUGAAAAGAAAACUGAAGAUAAGGAGAAAAAUGGAGAGAAGAAGAAAGAAAAGGAACUGAAACCAAAGCAAGUUACAGUAAAGGAGCAACUGAACUUUACAGUCACAUAUUUAGACAUCCCCAGCUUGAGCCCCGAGCGUCUUAGAGAGUCGAAGAAAAAAUUAGAGGACAUUAAUUCUGCCGAGAAAGCUCGGCAUGAAAAGGAGGCUGCACGCAAUAAUCUAGAAAGCUAUAUCUUGGACGCUCAGGAUAAACUGUGGCAAGCAGAAUACGAAGCUGCAUCUACCGAUGAACAGCGCGAGGCAAUACGGCAGAUGUGUUCAAUGCUCGAUGAAUGGAUAUACGAUAAAGGUUUUGAUCAAGAGGCUUCUGUUUACAAGGAGAAGUUAGGACAGCUAUCGAAGCUAUUUGAACCCAUUAAGGAGCGCGUACAAGAGCAUCAUGACCGCCCUGAAGCCAUCCAGGCUCUGAAAGAAAUGAUGAAUGGGUCCUCCAUGUUCCUGAUGAGGGCACGAGAAGCUCCUCCUGAUCAACAGCUUUUCACCGACGUAGAGUUGACCACCAUGGACAACCUUAUUGUUGAUACUCAGAGAUGGCUGGAGGAGAAAGAAGAGCUGCAGGAGAAGACUUCGCUCCACGAAGAUCCCAAAUUAACACUCGGUGGUAUAGCAGAAAAAUGGUCCUCCCUUGACCGUGAGAUUAAAUACCUUAUCAAUAAAGCCAAAAUCACAAAGGCCAAAAAGGAUCGGGAAGCUGCCGAGGCAAAGGCCAGAGCUGACAAAGAAGCUAAAGAGGCAGAGAAAAUAAAGAAGAAGAGCAAUGCAACAGAUAACACAGAAAAUGAUGAUAAGGAGAAAGGAGAAGAGGAGAGAGAAGAAAAGGAGGAAGAGGAGAAUGUUGAUAAGGCAGAGCAGAGGAGCACUGAGAAGCAAGAGGAGCAGGAGCAAGAGGAAAAGCUAGAGGCAGUAGAUGAAACCCGAACAUUAGAUGAAGCCAGUGUGGACGAAGAAAAUGUAGAAGCUGAAGACUCGGUAGUUGAAAGUGAACCUAAAGACUCGAAUUAUAUAUUUGAAGAGGAGCCAGAGGAAAACAAUAGUGAAGGAGACAGGAGGAAAGAAACAAAAGAACCAAAUUUGGAGUUAAAUGCUCUUCCCCGCCCCUACUGGAUGAAUUACCCAGAUUUAACAUGGUCCUACGUGUCCUCAGCUUUUGUCACUUUAAUCCUCCACAUGCUGUUCACUCGGCCGCCAGACAUCAGAUAAUGAGAAAAGUCACUCUGAAUUGUGAUGAGGCUUGUUCACUAAUCAUCUCUGACUGGUCGUCACUUGAACCUUUAUCCCAGUUGUAAUACUUCUGUCAAGUUCAAGUGAACCCCUUAAACUUGGAAUAGAGAUUAUGUUGUGACUUGGAAAAUAAUUGGAUCUCUUAUUUCAACCAAAUGUGAAGGUGUUAAAACCGUGUCUUGAUUUGGGGUGACAAACCUACCUCUUGAGUAACUAUAGAAAAUAUUCUUAAGACAUGAGUAUAACCCAGGAUUCUUAAUUUCAUGUAGGGGGUGGGGGUAUUGCCCUUAAACAUGAGAGUGCAAACAUUCAAAUGUUUCUAUACCAUUAAAGAUUCUAAUAACGUUAAGUUUGGAGCAUCGGUAUCUAGCAAAGACAUUUAUAUAUAAAUCUGAAUAUUUCCCUCUUUUUCUUCCUCUUACUGAACCAAGUUUGUGAAUCAUAAAAUUCCAGUCUUUAAUGAUGUCUGUCCAAUUAGAUUAACAUUUGCAUGUCUCCAACUUUAUCACACAUUAUCUUUGUAGAAGUGUGGUUCAUCAGUAGACUUUUCCAAACAUAAAAAUAAAAAUUUAGAUAUUUUAGAAAAUGGAUUAUUAAUUAAAAUACUAUUUUUCCAGAGUUACUCUUGAACAUGUUGUAAUGUGCUAUACUCACGAGGUUCUUAUAAGAUAAUAAAUCCAGAAUAGAUCUGAUCUUUUAGUAAACACAGAUUUAGAUAUCAAAAAUGUUAAUUGUUACCUUGUUUUGAUAAAGUAUGACAUGCAUUUUUAAGACUUGUACAACUAGUGUUCUAAAUGAUAAAGAUUAGUUGGCUUCAGUAUAUUGAAGUGUUCCAAGCUGAAAGCCAAAGUUGGGUCCUGUGGUCUGUAGGAAAUCAUGAUAUAAUGCCAAAACAGAACUAGAAAUACAGCUUAUAUUAUAUUUUGUCCUGAAAUGGGGAUUAAAGUAUGAAUUGCUAACAUAAAUAUUCAUUAAUCAUUUAUAUUUUUUAAUUUACCCAUUUACCUGAAUUUGUUAAAAUUUUUGUAACUUUGCAAAUAUACUUUUUUCUUCCUUCCAACUUAAUUAUUUAAUGGGUUGGUCACAUUCCAUGUGAAAUUGUCCCUUUUAUGUUGAAAUAUUCCAUACCGUCAUAAAUAUUUAAGGAAUUUUUAUAAGAAUGUAAAGGAAGUGUGGGGAAUUUUUAAUUUUGCUACAUAUUGCUAGCACAUUGUGGGAAUAGAAAAGGUAAUGGUGUUUCCUCGGAUGACAAGUUGGAUAUACAGUAAACUGAGGUUCUCAUAGCCUUGAAAGUAUUCCUAAUGUACAUCUGAAUUAAAACUCAAGUUUUAGAGGAAUACAAUUUGGAAAUUAUAAAAGCGCACAUAUUUAUACACAGGUGUACACGAGGUAAUGAGUCCUAAAUUGGUAGCCAGAAAAAUCUCUUAUUAAAAAGUAGCUAACAUACUUUAUGUACAUCCUUUAGGUAGUUUCCUCUGUGCUUGUUAACAUCCCUUAAAAGAUGUGUAGACUGCAGUGUUAAUCUGCUCAAGUCUCAUUUCUGGAAUAGAACCACACUACAAUGUAUUGCUCUGGCCAGUGACAAAAUUGGCAUUUAUAUUUUAAUAGAGUUGUCACACUGAACUACCACUUGUGUGGAAGUGCUUCAAAAGUAUAGCCUCCCUUUGUUUUUCCACUUGCCUGUUCAUUCUCACUCAUACUACAAGUUCAGUUUUUCCACUUAUCAUGCCCUUUUAAAUUCCUCCUUACCUUAUAAGUUAUAUAAGUAGGAAAUGCCUUUUCUGGCAAUAAAUAUGCCUUGUUCGAAUCCCUACCAAUUUCCUUCCAUACUGUACUAGGCUUUAUCCUUUACCUUGUAAUCUAUACUACUAUUGCUAUUUCUUCUUUCCAUUGAAUUAAUAGUGCUUUAUGAAAUACAAGAUUGACAGUGCAGAUGAGCAAGGUUCUGAAAUUGCUUUUUGUAGCACACGAGCACAAUGUUGGGUACUCUCCGUGUUGUAAUACCAGUAGUAUUUUUCUGUAGCAAAUGAGCACAAGUGGAAUGUAAAGAUAGUAGAGUACUGUACUAUCCAUAUUAUAAUACCAGUAGUAAUUUUCUGUAGUAAGUGUGCACAAGUGGAAUGUAAAGAGACUUACUUAAAGCAUGAACUUGAUUGGUAUUCCACAUUCAACUGUAACCAUUUAAGAAAGUUUACCAAGUGUUGGACUUUUAAGUGUCUAAUUUUAGUUUUCAUUUAUAUAAUCGAGUUAACAUCUGGUCUUUUAUAAGUGUAACCUCGUCUAACUAACUGAUAUUCACUACAAGAAGUCUAGACAAGGUGAUCAUAGGUUUGAAUUUACUGGAUGUAAAUUCAGUUGUAAAUUGUAGGUAACUUUUCUUUAUAUUGGCAAGACAAUACAGAUGUCACACACCAAAUCCUCUUGGUGAAUAGACCAAGACAUCAAUGUUUACCAUUGCAACUGCAGUAUUUUUAUAAAUUCAAAAUUUUGGUUGCACAAUUUGUUUAAAACAAAGUAUACAUGGGAUAUGAUGUCCAUACCAGUUGUACGUCAUAAGUCAGCUGUAAGGCACGUUAAAAGGGUCAAUAUUUAUAUUGAUGUCUGCACACUUUGAGCAUAUUAACAUUACAGAAUUGAAAUAUUAGCAUCCCAAAUGCUGAUCUAGAAAAGCUUUUGUAUCCUCUGAAACAGUUGGCAAUUGGCACUUAAUGAUAAAUACUUUGAUAAUGUAAAUGACUAGCCCUUUCAAUUAUCAGAACUUUUGCAGUAGCAUUCAUAGGACAUCAUUAUUAUUAUUAUUGGUAAAGAAAGGGCACUAUAUAUGUGAUAGGUGGUAAUGUCUUGUCACACUGAGCUGUCACUUGCCACAGUUGAACUGCACUCACUGUGUAUGGAGUAUUAUUUAUUGUAAAAGAAGUUGAAGUGUUCAGCUGUUAAAUGUUGUAUCAGUUUCAUUUACAUAUAAGGGAUAUGAAAUUCACAAUGUGAAUGAAAGUGUGUGGAUGUGUAUUUAUGUUCAAGUAUGUAAUUAACUGCUCAUUUCAUAAAAUAAAUUAUCUGAAAAUUU